AUGCGUGUUACCGGGGAUCUAGGGUUUUCGAGCCUGGUCCUUGUGUUGCUGCUCCUCAUCGGCUUCGUAAUUCGCCGUAAAUGGCAGGUUUCGGAGGCUAGGAAGGACGAGAUUAAGAGGCUUUUGAUUUUGGCGGCGGAGGAAACUGCCAGGGCCGAGAAAGAAGCGUUCUAUGAGUACGACACGGCGCUUUCUGCCGCUCGGACCAAUCAAUGCGCUGUCUGUUAUUUUCCCGCCACCGCGCGCUGCUCUCAGUGCAAAUCGGUUCGCUACUGUUCUUUUGAGUGCCAAACUGUUCAUUGGCGUCAAGGUCACAAGUUAGAAUGCCGUCCUCCCAGCACAAAUCACCGGAGUGAUGAUGUAACAAGUGAUGUUGGCAGCAAGGUAGUAGAGCAAGGCUACUCUGGAAUCCAUGGUGAGAAGCCCAAAAGUGAAAGCACAGAAUGUAAAACAGCUUCUGAAAAGCCCAGAAUUUCUGAUAUCAGCUUCUCUCCAAAAGUUUCAUCUGGAAAGGAUGACAAUAUCAGAGUCGAGUCCCUUGCUGAGGGAAAUAUAACAGAUUCUAAUUCUGAAUUGUCCAGUAAUUCAUUUUCUGGAUUCUCAGCUUCCACAGGUUCUAGCGAUUCAUCUGAUGAUUCCUCUGUCUGUGAGAGCAUCAUCUCAAAUGAGCAUGACAGACCAGAGGGACAUAUGUUUGUUGAUCCCACCCUUGACAUUGCAGAUAACAUUUCAAAUGAUGAUAGCAUGGGUGUAACCAUGUCUUCUUCACCAAAGUUUGCUAGUUUGGUUGAGUCAGUAGAUGGUUUUUCUACAAAGAAUAAAUUAAACCACAUUAGACCUGGUUUUAGUGAAGAAGAGAGUAAGCUUGCAUCAAAUGUUAAAGCAUCUUCAAGUAUGGGGAAAACAAUUCAGCCUUCUACAGCAUUUUCUGGAUUCUGGGAUAAAGCUCUUGAUCCAAGAGGGAUUAAAGAUAAUAAUAUUAAGAAUGACACCCAUUCAUCCAGUUCUGAUGAAUCCAUGGGCAAAAAGACUGUUUCUGAAUCUUCAUUUCACUUUUCAUUCAGUACCAUUCCCCCUUUUCAUGUACGAGAUACCAAGACAAAGGAUUGUGUAUCUGAUGAUGCUGUUUCAAACUGUAAUGGGAACAAUAUGCCAUUUUCAGGAUCAGCAUCGUCUAAGAAUGACAACAUGAGUUCUUCAAAGGGGGGAGAUUUCUCAUUCAUCAACAGCCGAACUUCCAAUGUUAUGACCUAUGGUACUCCAAGUGGUUCUGAAUCUGAGCAACUGGAGUCUAAAGACAGUUCUGGGCCACCUUUAUCUUUCUCCACUCAAUCCUCCAGUGUUGACAAAGAAUCAGUUAGUGCAGAUGCUUUGAACAUACAUAACUUGCAAUCAACUGGCUCUAUGGUAUCAAAUCAUGUGGUGGACAACUGUGGCAGCACCUUGAAAUCCUCUGAAAUUAGAUGCCUGACGGAUGAGCUUGCUGAUUCUAAUUUAGCUUCAAGAACUGAAGCGCAUUUACAUUCCAGUACAACAUGUGGGAACAAUGACAUUAAAUCUGAAACUCGAGCUGUCACUUCCUCUCGGGUCGCUAGCUAUUCUGUAAAUUCUAAGAGUGGCUUGAGAACAUCUGUUCUGAAAGUUGUUGAUCAGUUUAGAGGAUCAAAUUUGUCAAAGCACUUUCCAUUAGCCGUUGGGAGUGAUAUUGCUGGAAGACACGAUGACAAGGGUUUUUUUUCUUAUGAAUUAUUUGUCAAGCUUUAUAACUUGAACAAGGUGGAGUUGAGCCCGUUUGGUCUUAUAAAUUGUGGAAACAGUUGUUAUGCCAAUGCUGUACUUCAGUGCUUAGCAUUUACACCACCUCUGACUGCUUAUUUGCUUCAAGGAUUACAUUCUAAAUCAUGUGCAAAUACAAAAUGGUGUUUCACUUGUGAAUUUGAAAGAUUGAUUUUGAAGUCAAUGGGCACAAAAUCUCCUGUGUCUCCUAUGGGCAUAAUCUCUCAUUUACAGAAUAUUGGGAGUCAGCUUGGUAAUGGCAGAGAAGAAGAUGCACAUGAAUUUCUUAGGCAUGUUAUUGACACAAUGCAAUCUGUUUGCCUUAUGGAAGCUGGGGUUAAUGCAUCAGGCUCAGUAGAACAGGACACUACUUUAAUAGGUCUAACAUUUGGAGGUUACCUUCGAUCAAAGAUAAAAUGCAUGAAAUGUGGAGGGAAGUCUGAGCGUCAGGAAAGGAUGAUGGAUCUGACUGUUGAGAUAGAAGGGGAGAUUACAACCCUGGUGGAGGCCCUUCAGCGGUUUACAAGCACUGAGACUUUGGAUGGGGAAAACAAGUACCACUGUGUCAGAUGUAAAUCUUACGAGAGGGCCAAGAAGAAGCUGACAGUAUCAGAGGCACCUAAUGUUCUUACAGUUGCAUUGAAGAGAUUUCAGUCAGGAAAAUUUGGGAAGCUCAACAAGCCUGUUCAAUUUCCUGAAAUACUCAACUUGGCACCUUUCAUGAGUGGUACUAGUGAUAAAUCACCCAUAUACAGAUUGUAUGGGGUAGUUGUUCACUUAGAUGUCAUGAAUGCAGCCUUUUCGGGUCACUAUGUGUGCUAUUUGAAGAAUAUCCAAAACAAGUGGUUCAAGGUUGAUGACAGUGUGGUGACGCCCAUUGAAUUGGAGAGAGUCUUGACAAAAGGAGCAUAUAUGCUUUUUUACGCAAGGUGCUCGCCAAGGGCCCCAAGAUUAGUUAGGAACAGAAUACUAUCCCCGGAUUCAAAAAGUAAAGUCAGUGGAAAGACUCAUACAACGAAAGCAAGACAUGUAUCUCCAAAUUCUGGUGCUGCCGAACACGUGAAUAGUUCCAUUUCUCCAGAUGGGUCACCUGGCUUAGAGUCUUUCUAUUCAAAGUUUCACCACCUGAAAAGGAUUUUAGAAGAAGACUCGUCAAGUGAUAAUUCAUCCCUUAUCAGCAGCAAUUCUGAUGAAGGUUCUUGCAGUACCGAUAGUACCCGUGAUUCAACCAGCACAGAUGACUUGUCCGAUUAUAUUUUUGGUGAUUCAGGGAAUGGGUGGAGUAGUUUGUGGAGGAAUUCUGAUUCUGAUGCAUCCUCGUCCUCCUCAUCUUCUCCCUUAACCUCUCGACAUUCGCCCCUAUCUGAUAUGGACCGGUAUGAUUCAGUCUCUCCUGAUGCUGAAAGGAGAGGGAUAGAUGUUUCUGGUUUGCAUUCUAACACAAGUUUACAGCAUAGAAAGUUAGAUAGUGGUAGGAUUAGUAGAAAUAGAAAUAGUAGGGAGACUGACUCUUUUCUGAAACUAGGAUCUAACCAUUUUAAUGAUAUAGACUCUGGAGGUGUAUCAUGUAGAAAGUCGAGAAAAAGAACGGAUUAAAAUUUUUAUUAAUAGGGAGCUCCGGAGCAGUAAAUAAUGAGAGAUGCUGUGCGUAAUGUAUUCUUCAAGUCUGUCUUCUUUUUACAAAGGAAAAUUAGUCAUAUCAGUUUGUCAGUGUAGAUAUAAAUUGCUGUAACUCCGUUAUAAAACUUCAAUGAAUCAAUUCUAUUAUUUUAAAUGAGAAUUUGAAAUAAA